AUGGCGGCCGACCGGGGCCUUCCGAUCUUUGCAGCCUUCACUGGCCAGAAGCUCUGCGAUCUCCGAGUCAGCAGUUCUGACAGUCUCAGAAGCAUCAAGCUCAAGCUGCAGCAAGAGUUACAGAUCCCAGUACGUGAACAACGGCUGCUCCCUGUACAUGGCGCCGUGACAAAUCUUGCGGUGGGAGAGUGGCGCAUCGAGGAAGAGGAAAAGUGGGACAUGUCAACUCCGGCCAUGGUGCUCAUCCGCUUGAACCCUGAUCGCCAAAAAGCCCUUGAGGCGGUCUCCUCUGGCAUGUCAAUGCGGGAACUUUCCGAAGACCUCCGAAGAGAUCGGGACAUCGUCCUUGCGGCCGUUUCUAGAAAUGGCUUCGAUUUACAGUACGCCGGAGGUGCGUUGAAAGAUGACAAAGAUGUAGCACUGGUGAGCGUCCAAGAGAACGGCCUUGCCCUCCGAUAUGCUGCCCCAGAAUUUCAGGCCGACCGUGAAGUGGUCUUAGCAGCCGUGCAGCAUAGUGGGUCCGCGCUGCGAUAUGCUGGUGAUGGCCCCCGAGCAGAUCGAGAGGUUGUGCUGGCGGCGGUGUCGAAUUGUGGCACGGCGCUACCCUUCGCUUCCGACGCCUUGCGGGCGGACCGUGGCAUCGUCCUUGCAGCCGUGCACGAGAGCGGACUCGCCCUGCGCUCGGCGGCCCCGCAGCUCUGCGCCGACAAGUCCGUCGUGCUCGCGGCGGUUCGACAGGAUGGGCUCGCCCUUAGCUUCGCCGCGCCCUCCUUGCAAGACGAUCGGGAGAUUGUCCGUGCCGCCGUUGCCGAGACUACGGUCGCUCUGUGCUACGCGUCUGCUGCCCUCAGAGCCGAUCCAGAGUUCGCCGUAGCAGCAGCAGCGCUGCAGUCAGACGUGGACAGCUCAGACAGCUCAAGCCAUGCCGGUUCCUUACAAGAGGAAGCUGACGGCAGAGCCGAGUGA